GAAGAAAGAAAGGGCAAACGCCAUGGAAUUCUUAUGAAACGACCGAGGCUACCAAUCAGAUUCCCGGCCAGGCCAUGUGCGAUUAGGAAUCUGGCCGGGCCACCACGACGUUGCAUGCGGGAGACGAAAAAAGAAACGGGAACCCCUUCCCCCCGGGUUGAAAUUCACACCCCAACACCUACCUGUUCCAUGCAAGGCUCGGAUGGGUGUUAUUUUCCGGAUUGCGGCUUACAUAACAUGUCCACAGAGGGAGAGGGUUCAAUGUUCCUUGGUCCAUCCAUGCAUUUAUUCCCUUUUCACUCCUCCCUCUUUUCUCACGCCUGCCGUUGACGUCGCGAGUUUCACGGCAUUGGUCGCGUCGCGUUGUGUCAUGGUCCACAUCGUACUACGCUUUUCGGAGACAUGGCUACGGGAGGGAGUACGAACCGACAUCAUCGACGAGUGGGUUCGCCAAGCGAGCAUACUCGACCUCCAAGACAUUGUCACUCACAAUGAUCACGAUAACAUUUGCAAGCUCGAAAGAGAAAGAGGAAGAAAACAAAUUGUGCGUUGAAGAAAAGAAAAGCCCGAAGACAACCUACCAAAACAAAUCCUUUUCGUCAACCAACUUUUCUUGGGUGGACUUCUUUUCUCCUUUGUUGGAUGAUCUGCUACGGAGUUUCUUGGAUUGGAAAUCACAGGUUAAGAAGAAAGAAAAAAAGGGGAGAGAAAAAAAUAUGGGAAGGGCAAUUAUGAUUUUUCUUUUCUGUUUUAAGAAUCAAUCUGUAUAACGACACAUGGGCCGGGGAGGGGGGAUCUUUGGGAAUCAUGACACAACACCGACAGAAAAAAAAAACAAAUACGUUUAGGAUAGAGAUACCACCACCAUAGAUAGAUCUUCUUUUUCACUUGGGUGGCAUUGGAUGGCAGGAAAUCGGAUCGGAUCGGAAAUGGAUGGAUGGCUUCACUGCCCUAGUAUAUACCCUUUUGGAUACCCUUGGAUGGAUGGGGUGAAUUGUAACGGAAUGACAUUGGGAUGGACUGGAUCCAGGGUGGCUUUCUUCUUUUUUCUCUCUCUCUCGUAUUCAUCCAUGCAAUACUAUGUACUUAGACUUUUAGAAUACGGGAAAAGUCGGACAGAGACACUGUCCUUGCAUCGUC